AUGUCCGGGCGCGGGAAGCAGGGCGGGAAGGCGCGCGCCAAGGCCAAGUCGCGCUCGUCGCGGGCCGGGCUGCAGUUCCCCGUGGGCCGCGUGCACCGGCUGCUGCGCAAGGGCAACUACGCGGAGCGCGUGGGCGCCGGCGCCCCGGUGUACCUGGCGGCCGUGCUGGAGUACCUGACGGCCGAGAUCCUGGAGCUGGCGGGCAACGCGGCCCGCGACAACAAGAAGACGCGCAUCAUCCCCCGCCACCUGCAGCUCGCCAUCCGCAACGACGAGGAGCUCAACAAGCUGCUGGGCAAGGUGACGAUCGCGCAGGGCGGCGUGCUGCCCAACAUCCAGGCCGUGCUGCUGCCCAAGAAGACCGACAGCCACAAGGCGAAAAGCAAGUGAAACAUCGGCGGAGCGUUCCCCACCUCAAAAGUAACCCAAAGGCUCUUUUCAGAGCCACCCACUUCCUCAUAAAAGGAGCUGUAUGUCCUAGUGAAUAAACUUUAAAAUCUCGGUCUCCUUCAAAAAGCCAGAGGAGAAACUAAAGCGAA